GCGCGCGGCCCCGCGCCCGUUCCGCCGGACCCGGACCCGGAAGCGGCUGCGCGGCCCCGCGGCGGCGGCGGCGGCGCCGGUUAUUUUCAGCAGGUAAUUUUUUGAUCCAGCUCAGCCCACAGCUCCAGUGCCAGCUUUGGGAGAUGGUGGAAUUCCUGGAGCAGGUCAGGCAGGGCACGGAGCUGCCCCUUUCAGAGUCAGCCCGGGCUUGAAUUAGAUUGGCAUCACUACAAAGCCACAGCUACAGAAAAAUCAGAUAACAAUGUCCGUGUGCCCAUGAAGCGAGAUGGCGAGGAGAUAGUACGGUGAGGGUGCGCCUCGAGACAGGAUGGCUUUCCUGGACAACCCCACCAUCAUCCUGGCGCACAUCCGGCAGUCGCACGUGACCAGCGAUGACACGGGCAUGUGCGAGAUGGUCCUCAUCGACCACGACGUGGACCUGGAGAAGUUCCACCCCUCCUCAGCCUGCGGGGACAGCGGGGCAGAGCCCCAGGGCAGCAAUGGGGACACUCAGGGCUACGUCUACUCCCAAUCCGUGGACAUUACCUCAAGCUGGGACUUUGGGAUCAGGCGCCGGUCGAACACAGCUCAGAGACUAGAACGUCUGCGGAAAGAGAGACAAAAUCAAAUAAAAUGCAAAAACGUUCAGUGGAAAGACAGAAAUACUUCUUGCUCAGCAGAGGAGCUGAGCUCACUGUUCGAAAAGAAGAAUUUUAGGGUGAAAUCCCCAUGUUCUGGGAAGCAGUCCAUCCUCUCUGUGAGACUGGAGCAGUGCCCACUGCAGCUCAACAACCCCUUCAAUGAGUACUCCAAAUUCGACGGCAAGGGCCACGUUGGUACAACGGCAACCAAAAAAAUCGAUGUCUACCUCCCCCUGCACACGAGCCAGGACAAGCUGCAGCCCAUGACCGUGGUGACCAUCGCCAACGCCAAGGUGCACGACCUGAUCGGGCUCAUCUGCUGGCAAUAUACAAGUGAGGGACGGGAACCCAAGCUGAAUGACAAUGUCAGCGCCUACUGCCUGCACAUCGCCGAGGACGACGGCGAGGUGGACACGGACUUCCCGCCCCUGGACUCCAACGAGCCCAUCCACAAGUUUGGCUUCAGCACGCUGGCCCUGGUGGAGAAGUACUCGUCCCCAGGGCUGGCAGCCAAGCAGUCGCUCUUCGUGCGCAUAAAUGCUGCUCAUGGAUUCUCACUUAUUCAGGUGGACAGUAUGAAGGUCACCAUGAAGGAUAUCUUACAAAAGGCCUUAAAGAGAAGGAAGGGAUCACAGAGAGGCUCAGGUCCUCAGUAUCGGCUGGAGAAGCAGAGUGAACCUAAUGUCCCAGUAGAUUUAGACUGUACCUUGGAGAGCCAGAGCACUUUGGAAUUCUGCCUUGUCCGGGAGAACAGUUCAAGAGGAGAAGAGGUGUCGGAGGAGGACCCCCAGAUCGACAUAGCCACGGUGCAGGACAUGCUCAGCAGCCACCACUACAAGUCCUUCAAAGUCAGCAUGAUCCACCGGCUGCGCUUCACCACGGACGUGCAGUUAGGUAUUUCUGGAGACAAGGUAGAGAUAGACCCUGUUACUAAUCAGAAGGCCAGCACUAAGUUUUGGAUUAAGCAGAAACCCAUUUCAAUCGAUUCUGAACUCCUCUGUGCCUGUGACCUUGCGGAAGAAAAAAGCCCAAGUCAUGCAAUAUUUAAACUUACAUAUCUAAGCAAUCAUGACUACAAACACCUUUACUUUGAAUCAGAUGCUGCUACUGUCAAUGAAAUCGUACUGAAGGUUAACUAUAUUCUAGAGUCGCGAGCAAGCACAGCCAGAGCAGACUAUUUCGCUCAGAAACAAAGAAAGCUGAGCAGGAGAACGAGCUUUAGCUUCCAGAAGGAGAAGAAGUCGGGGCAGCAGUGAGCGGCAGAGCUGCGUGCGGCGCUGGAGCCGCUCCGCCCGCCCGGGCCCGGGCCCGGGGCCGCCGCUCCUGCCCGGGCCGGCCGGGAGCCCGGACAUCCCGUCCCGUCCCUCACGGCUGCCAGAGCCGCCCCGCUCGGCGCGGGAGCCUCCCCGUGACAGACAUAAAGAGCCAUAUCAGCCGGAAAGAAGACUGUUACGCUUCAGGUUCCUUUGAUUAGAAAUAAGAGAAUGACGUAGACUGGCAUCAUUUAAUUACUGUAUUAUGUACAAUCACAAGAAGAGAUGUGAUUACAUAUUAUUUCACAGCCUGGUUAAAAUAAAUUAUAUACAUCUGUAAUCCACCCACGUACACGCAGGUAUUGCUUGUGACAUGAUCAAAUUUCUAAAAACAAAAUGUAGGACAAAUGUAUCCAUUUUUACUAUUAAUAAACAGAUGUAAUCUUUUUCAAGGUCCAUAUGAUGCACAGUUCUUUUGGGGGGAGGCUGCAGUCCCAGAUGGUUUCACUUCUGUUGCUGAAGUGCAGGAGGCAUCCGUGAGCCAGGAACAGCAGCCGUGGCAGGGGAGCGCUUAGCAAGGGAGCCCUGAGACAGUCCAGUCUGUUGUGUUUGUUUUGUUCAAAAAUAUUUUAUUUAACUGUGCUUUUCAGCUUUGCAAAUGCUUUAUUGGAAGUUCCUUGCUGAAGGCAGCACGGUGGUUGGAAAUCCACGUCUUGGAGGUGGAGAGGAGAAUCCUCCUGCCCGGGACCCUGAGCUGCUGCCACCCUGGGGCUGGCACAUCCACUGGGGCACCUUGUCCCUGGGCACUCAGAAAUGCCUUCACCUUCUCUCAAUAUUAUUCUUUAACAAUAAAAAUUAAGACCUACUUUGUACUGGGAUUUGUAACUACCUUGGCCUUGUUCAUCCUUAACACAUCAGGGACCACGGGAAUGGAUGCUGGCACCCAGAGCCGCAUUGUUGGUUGAAUUCACCAGAGGUGUCUUUCUCCAGCUCACUGGAGCUCUGCACACACUACCCUAGAACUGCCCUGGUGCCCCACGGGGCUGGGGGCAGCUCCCUGGGCACUGCCCACCCUCUGCCAGCCUCCCACCCUGCUGUUGUACAGAGAAAACUUCCUGAGCCUUAACACAGCGUGGGGCAGCCCCGGGCAGAGGGAGGGCCUGGGUCUCACCUGUUGUGUUUCUGUUCUGGGUUUGCUUGGCCCUGCACCACCGAGGCCAGGCCUCCCUGUACAGUCUUCCAUGAUAUCUGCAAAACAAGAGAAACAAUAUUUUAUAGUAUUCUAUUAAUUUUUUAAUAUUUUCUAUGUGCAAAUGCAGCACAGAUACAAUGGGAAAAGCCCCUUCGAUGUAAAUGACUCUUUUAACCGACUCUGUGAAAUAUUUAACAUUAAAGUUGCUCUGUGAAUGUU